CCCCACUCUGUUCAAAGAAAACCAUAACCUAUACAUACAAUUUCUCUCUCUAUAUUCUCUCUCUCUCAUCAAUUAAUUGUUCAGAUGGCUCGUACCAAGCAGACCGCCCGCAAAUCCACCGGAGGGAAGGCUCCACGGAAGCAGCUCGCCACCAAGGCCGCCAGGAAGUCUGCUCCGGCGACCGGCGGAGUGAAGAAGCCGCAUCGUUUCCGGCCGGGGACGGUGGCGCUGAGGGAGAUCAGGAAAUACCAGAAGUCGACUGAGCUUCUGAUCCGAAAGCUUCCGUUCCAGAGGCUGGUAAGGGAAAUCGCUCAGGACUUCAAGACGGAUCUCAGGUUCCAGAGCAGCGCGGUGGCGGCGCUUCAAGAGGCGGCCGAGGCUUACCUUGUCGGAUUGUUCGAGGAUACCAAUCUCUGUGCGAUUCACGCUAAGAGGGUCACCAUUAUGCCCAAGGAUAUCCAGCUUGCUAGGAGGAUUCGUGGGGAGAGGGCCUAAGAUGAAGGUUGAUUGUUGUGCAAUUUUUGACUGCCCACUUUUUGCUUAGAUCUAUUGCCAAGUGUGGUGUAAAUCUUACAAGGGUUUAUGGGUAAGAUGUUAAUGUAGUAGUUUUGGUUUGGAAUGGUUAUAGCUUUUUGCUUGGGUUGUUUCAAUGGGAAAAAUACUUUGAUGGAUUUUUAUUUGAGUUAA